CUCCUGCAGCCGCAGCCACCAGAAGCGCCUCCUCUCAUAAACCUCGUCAGACCGCACUAUCGUUUCCCAUUACUUCCAGGAGAAGCAGCGGCUCACUAUUAGGAACUUUGCGUGCGACCUAUGGCACACAACUAGCAGGGUAGACUACUCCCUGACGACUUUUAUUAACCCCCACGGUGUAUGGAAAUUGCUCCUGGAUGGACCUGGGCGAAAACAGCUGGUCCAUGGUCAAGCGAGAAGUAUCCAGCAGCCCAGGGUCACCGGCUGAGCAGACGUAUCUGCACGGUGACAGCAGGAGGGACGGCCCCACCUCCGAUGAGCUGAGGACUCCUCCGAGCGACCUUGACGCACUGGGGCACCGCCGCUCCGACGGCAGAUCACUACACUCCUACGUUCACUUCGGACACCAUAACAACACCCUGACCACUGCCGAGGACAUCCCGCUCUUUACGGAUUUAGACCAGGGCAGCAAACUCGUCCUCUCCAGCGGGGCGCACAAGGCGAGCUUGCUGGUGGACCCGACCGACAUGUACCAAACACUGGCCAUCGCCGCCGCCCAGAGCCAGACUGGAUAUGAUUCCUCGUCUGGUGGUUAUAUGCACUCCAACCCCAACUCCCCCGUGUAUGUCCCCAGUUCCCGGGUGGGGCCCAUGAUACCCAGCCUCUCUUAUUUGCCGGCCAGCGCCUCUGCGCAGCCCAGCCACGCCGUCUCCAGCCACUCAGUCUGGUCACAGUCCGCCCCGGAGAGCCCCUCGUACAGCACCGGGAGCCCGCACACCACCAGUCGGUUCCACUACCCUCCGAGCCCGCCCAUGAAUAACGGGACGCCCAGGGACACCGGCUACAGUAACACGCUGAAUGUGAGCAGCAGAGACCAGUACGGCCUCUCUCGGUCCCUCAGUGGGACCUACCCGAGUCCAUACUCUCCUUAUGUUGCACCGCAGCUGUCCCAGCUGCCCUCGCCUUGGACCGGGGGGCCUUUUGAUAACACGAUGCUGCACACCUUGCAGAGCAGGGGUGCGCCCUUGAUCCGAGGACCAAACGGAGUUUCAGAUAUUCUCGACGACAUGGGGGAGAGCAGAGAGUGCGUCAACUGCGGCUCCAUCUCUACGCCGCUCUGGAGGCGCGACGGCACGGGCCACUUUCUCUGCAACGCCUGCGGCCUCUACAGCAAAAUGAAUGGGCUGAGCCGGCCAUUAAUUAAACCACAGAAACGGACGUCGACGUCCAGAAGAAUCGGCCUGUCGUGCGCUAACUGUCAAACCAGCACGACCACCCUGUGGCGCAGAAACGCGGAGGGAGAGCCAGUUUGUAACGCGUGUGGGCUCUACACAAAAUUACACGGGGUGCCUCGGCCUCUCGCCAUGAAGAAAGAGGGAAUCCAGACGCGAAAAAGAAAACCGAAAACCUUAAAUAAAGCAAAGGGAUCAUCUGGAAGUAACAACUCGGUUUCUAUGACUCCCACAUCCACAUCUUCAUCCAAUUCCGAAGACUGCUCGAAAACCAGCUCUCCCUCUGGACAGGUGUCAGGGGUCAGUUCAUCUGUGCUGUCCAGCUCAGGGGAGGGAUCCGGCUCCGGCUCAGCGGUGAAGUACCCGGGACAGGACGGCCUGUACAGCAGCGUGGGACUGUCCCAGCCAUCAGAUGUAGCUUCAGUGAGGGGUGAACCCUGGUGCCCCAUGGCCUUAGCUUGAACAGCUAAAUCUUUGGGAGGACAGCAACCCCACCCCCCCCAACCCCACCCCACCCCACCCCCGGCACCUCUGUCUGGAUGCUAUGUAGUGUGGAAGUAUUCGGGGUCAGUGUUUGCUUCCUUCUUCGCUGCCGAUUCAAGAAGAGUCGAACAGGGUGGAGAGGAGGCUGAGACAACCUUCAGUGCGAGUUUGAACCGGGCGUGGAAUAGCCGGUUUCCAGAUUGGUGUGGGGAUCUCGUUGCCUUACGAAAACAAAGGGAAUCUCCAGGCCAGACAAUCAAUCAGGUGGCCUGCUUUGGAUGGUUUCUGGACCUGCCAUGCUCGACAUCCCAUCCCAUCCCGUGGCACAGAACCAGAUCUUGUUUCUUAAAAUAAAGCCAUCAUGUACAUAACGGAUUCCCCUCUGUGAAGAAAAAAAGCUGUUGAUUGGAUACCACUGCUUCAUUAAGCGCUGUAUUCUUUAAGGACAUUUAGAUUUUUUUUUUUUCCUUUCCACAACUGGAAUCAUGCCACAAGUGCCAAGACAACUUAUAUGAAUCAAAAGAAAAAAAAAAGAUAUUUAUAAAUCUUCCAUUGUUGAAAACAUGGCUAUGAUUGUUAAUAAAGAUAUCGAUAUAGAGUAGAAGUUAAACCAUCCUGAUGUCUUUUUUCUAAUUUUUUUUUUCCUUUAUAAGCGGUUGUUUUUGUAGUACAGUAGUGUUGAAUCUGCACAUGUUUUCCACUGAAAGCUCUUACUGUAUUUGACUGAAACUCGCUUGGUUUAAACAGGGUAUAAAAGAAUAUUUCAUCUAGUGGUUUUGUUUAAUUAUUUUCUGAUUUUUUUUAAAUUUUAUUUUAUUUUGUUUUGUUUUUGUUUUUUUUUGCAAAUAAUCAACUCAUUCAGAUUAAUUUUGGAUGUGGAUAUAUUAAUGUUGUCAGCUGUUGGAUAGCAUUAAGGUACUAUUCUAAAAGCAGAGCUCCAAAAACUCUUCUACAUGUAAAGCAGUUGGAUGGCUUGUUUGAACAAAGCACACCCAGACUAACUGAGGGCCCAGUGACCUUUAUGUUACAAGACAUAAACUGCAGAGGACUGUUGGCUGUACUACCUGACCCGCUAUAAACUGUGUACCUUUCACAAUGCAAGCAUGUACUGUUGCAUCAUUUUAUACCAAAAUUAGUCCAAAGUGGAAAGUGAGGUCACCUCUGAACAAACUGAUGUUACUUUGAUGACUUUGACUAAUCCCUGCGUGACUAACGGUGGUGAAGUGGCCCAGUAGUUUUAAGAUGACGAUGUGUUAAAGUGGACAGUUGAGGAGGCAAAUAAACGAAGCAAACGAUUUUUAUCACGCUGAAGUAUUUUCACCGAGAAGCAACGCUCUCGUGUGGGAACAACUGCUGCAUGGGUGGAAUGCAAAAUCAGAUUUCGACAGGUUGUGUUUGAUUUUUCAAAGUGUUUGUCUCCAUGUCCUUCAGCAGUGGCAUGUGUGGGAGUCUUAAAAAGCCAUUUCUGGCCACAAAACAAUCAGAAGGUGUUUUAAACCCGAAGGCAGUCUGACAAGUUACAUGUGAAACUUGGCGAAGAAAGGGUUAUUUCGUAUUUUUAUUUUAAUUUUUUUUUUUCUUUCACAUCUUGCUUCAUCCAAAAAGGUUAUGUCAUUCAUUCUGCUGGACUUAUUUAUUUUUGAAAUAUCAUGUUUAUUAUAGCAUCAUUUUUUUUUUGUUGUUGUUUUAUUUUUUAAGAAAUUAUUUUAUUUAAAUUCAGUCCAAUAAAUUGUUCUGGUGAUGAAUUUACAGCUACCUGUGUUUUCCAGAGAAUCAGUACUUUGAGGGGAUGGAAAGAACCACGCUGUUGCAUAGUAACAUUAUGUGUUAUGUGCAUACUUUAGUAUGAGGCAAUUGCAGCUAUGCUUUAACUCCCCAUUUCUCCCUCGCGCAACUAAAACUGAAUCUCAGAUGUUUUCAUGAUUGGGAGGGAAGCACAUGAAGGAACAAAAAAAAAAACCAAAAAUCAAAACAAGACCAGCCAAUACCAGGCUAGCAUUUCCUAAGAAGAACAGAAAAAUUGCUCUUUAUUUAGAGAAAUUCAGAUAUGAUGAUCCAGAUGCUUCCACACUCUGCUUAUGUUUCAUUAAAGUAAGCCUUUAUUCUUCCUGA